UCGUAAGAAAGUGUCGAUUGUCGAGUGAUGGAAUACUUUACUCCAUGCAUGCCACAGGAAGAAUAAGGACAAUUUACAAGUGGAUACAACAAGAUUACCAUUAUUGUUGUUUUUGACUUUUAAUAUCUCUUCGCGUAAAACGGGUCAUUUGUUUGGAGCUUCAAUUCACUAUAAAUCGCUUUCCAGCACCAGCUUUUCUUGAGAAGCUACCAGCCACCAUGGUGGUAGUGCAAAGCUACUGUGAGGCCAGCGCUUCCAUCUCCGAAGCCUGGCUGGAGGGCGGCAUCUCGCCCUGCUUCUACUUCACCCUGGUGCCCACCGUCCUGCUUACCCUCUCCUUCUUCUUCGGCGCCUUCCACUGCGUCUGCUACCGCCGCUACGGCACCGAGAUGGAGCCCAAGUUCGUGCCGCGCUCGCGCCUCUACGGCCUCCAACUGGCAGUCUCCCUACUCCUCCUGCUGCAGUUCCUAGGGGGGCUGGUGUGGAGGGCAGCCGGAGGAGGGGAGCUCCCCGGCUAUGUGGUGCUGUACGGCUGCCUGUCCAUGCUGGGCUGGGUCUGGGCAGUGGCCCUGCUAAGGCUGGAGAGGAGGAGGGUGCUGGUGAGGGACCGGACACAGGGCCACAGCACGGUGCUGCUGCUCUUCUGGGCUGUGGCAUUUUCAGCGGAGAACCUGGCCUUCGUCUCCUGGGCCAGCCCCUACUGGUGGUGGGGCCUGGAGAACACACAGCAGCAGGUGGAAUUUUCUCUGUGGUUGAUGCGCUACAUCGGCACAGGAACACUCUUCUUCCUGGGCCUGAAGGCUCCGGGAUUACCACGGAGACCGUACAUGCUCCUGAUCAACGAGGACGAACGUGACGUGGAGGGCGGCACUGGCCAGCCCCUGUUGGAUGGGGCAGAGGAAUCCCAGUCUACCUGGCAGGACUUUGGGCAGAAGGUGCGUCUGCUGGUGCCCUACAUGUGGCCCAAAGGCAGCAUGCUGUUACAGGGCCUGGUGGUGCUCUGCCUGUGCCUGCUGGGUCUGGAGAGGGUCAUCAAUGUCUUUGUGCCCAUCUACUACAAGAACAUUGUGAAUGAGCUGACUGAUGGAAGCAGCUGGAAGACCUUGGCCACCACUGUGUGUGUCUAUGUCUUGCUCAAGUUCCUGCAAGGUGGAGGGGCAGGUGCGUCUGGCUUCAUCAGUAACCUGCGCUCCUUCCUGUGGAUCCGCGUGCAGCAGUACACCAACCGGGUGGUGCAGGUGCGUCUGUUCGGCCACUUACACUCACUGUCACUGCGCUGGCACCUGGGCCGACGCACCGGAGACGUCCUGCGUAGCAUCGACCGCGGCACCUCCUCCAUCAACAGCCUGCUCAGCUACAUUGUAUUCAGCAUCUUCCCCACCAUCGCAGAUAUCGUCAUCUCCAUCAUCUACUUCAUCACCUACUUCAACGCCUGGUUCGGACUCAUCAUAUUCGUCUGCAUGUUCCUCUACCUCACCCUUACCAUCAUCAUCACGGAAUGGAGGACCAAGUACAGGCGAGACAUGAACACCCAGGACAACAACACAAAGUCCAAGGCUGUGGACUCCCUGCUCAACUUUGAGACGGUGAAGUACUACAACGCAGAGAAUUACGAGGUGAACCGUUUUGAGGACGCCAUCCUGAAGUAUCAGACCUCAGAGUGGAAGACACAAGCUUCUCUGGCCUUCCUAAACCAGACACAGAACCUGAUCAUCGGUUCAGGUCUACUGGCCGGGUCACUGCUCUGUGCCUACUUUGUCCAGGAGGGCAAGUUUAAGGUUGGAGACUUUGUCCUCUUUGGCACCUACAUCAUCCAGCUCUACACCCCUCUCAACUGGUUUGGAACCUACUACAGAAUGAUCCAGAACUCCUUUAUUGACAUGGAGAGCAUGUUUAAGCUCUUCACAGAGGAAGAGGAGGUGAAGGACAUGGUGAAUGCAGGGAACCUUCUCUAUAAACUGGGAAAAGUGGAGUUUGAGAAUGUGUACUUUAACUACACUGACGGGAAAGAGAUCCUUAAGGACGUAUCAUUCACUGUGCAGCCAGGCCAGACUGUUGCAUUGGUUGGCCAGUCAGGGUGUGGUAAGAGCACCAUCCUUCGCCUGCUCUUCCGUUUUUAUGACGUCCAGGGAGGAUGCAUCCGCAUCGAUGGCCAGGACAUCUCUACGGUGAAGCAGGUGUCUCUGCGUGCCCACAUUGGCGUGGUGCCCCAGGACACGGUCCUCUUCAACGACAACAUCCGCGACAACAUCCGCUACGGACGAAUCUCUGCCAGCGACCACGAAGUGGAGGAGGCGGCUAUCGCCGCAGACAUUCACAAGAAGAUCCAGACGUUCCCAGAAGGAUACGACACCCAGGUGGGAGAGAGGGGUCUGAAGCUGAGCGGGGGGGAGAAGCAGAGGGUGGCUAUCGCCCGGACCAUCCUCAAGGCCCCUCAGAUCAUCCUGCUCGAUGAGGCCACAUCUGCUCUCGACACACAGACGGAGCGCAACAUUCAGGCGUCGCUCACCAAAGUGUGCUCCAAUCGGACCACCAUCGUCGUGGCUCACAGGUUGUCGACCAUCAUCGGUGCCGACCAGAUUCUUAUUCUAAGUGACGGUCAGAUAGCAGAGCGAGGACGGCAUGAUGAGCUGCUGGCUAAGGGAGGGUUGUACUGUGACAUGUGGAUGAAGCAGCAACAUGCCCAGGACUCAGACUCAGCCUCUGACACAGAAGCCAAAGACAGGAAGUCUGAGAAACUACAGCCCCCAUCAGUCACUGCAGGCCACAGGAGCCACUGAGUAUAGAGUGAGAGGUUAAAGGAUAUGUAGACAUUGUGAGGAGAUGGAGGAGGACGAGAGACGCAGUGAGAGUAUUAGAUACCUCAAAAGGCUGUUUUGUGUGCACUUUUUUCAGGUAUCUGUCCAUCGAGGUUCAUUCGGUCAUGAGUGAAGUUUUAAGCAGAUAUUUAUUGGUAAUUUAAUGUUUGAUCAUUCAAUCAAAAUGUUUGUGCCAUGAAUGCCUCGGGCCAGUUGUUUUUAAGUGUAUUCAGGAUCGUGUUCAUUGGGUUAACAGAAAAUUUUUUAAAACGUUUUAAAAUCUAAAAUUAGUGUUUCUUAUUGGACAAGUCCAGGAAGUCCCUCCUUAUUGCAGUCUGUUUUGAUCAGUUUUCUGCGUAAUUAAUCUCACUUGCCCCACCGCAAUUUUUUGAAAUUGAGUCAAAUGCUCGUUAACGUGUCGGAAAAUAUACAAGAACGAGUAGCGCCCUCCCACACACACUCUUUCUGCAAGUUACGGGCAAGUCUAGGGGCCAAAUGUCCCCUCCCCUUCCAAAAUGUGAAAGAUCUGAACACCUGCAAAAUCCUAAUUUAUCCAAAUAAUCAGUGGCAAAAAUCUGUGCACCUCGCUGUUGUCACAUCCCACAGUCUGUUGACAUACACUACGAUACCAGUUCUGUUACAUGCGUCUGUCCACAAGAGAUUAUUGCCUAAUGAACAUGACCAGGACUCAGUAUAAUUUGUCCUUUUUCUGUCUGAAGUCGGUUGACUGCAGCCGUCCAGAGAAGUGGCAACAAGUCCAAAGUAGACUAAUACCUACCCUUAAGCGCAGGUAUAGGCAGUUUGGCACAGUGUCUCACAAAACUUUGAAUUGUUGACUAAUGUUUAGGGGUUGACUAAUGUUUAGGGGUUGACGAAUGUAUUAGUUUUAUUUACAGCAUCUAGAGAUUAUUUUAUUUUUACUAUACCCACUUUAAGCUUAUUUUUUUAGCUAUUAUACAAGCAAUAGACUUACAUUGUACUUUAUAGACUAAUGAA